CAACGGGCAUUAUUAUUUCGUCGUCGUGUAUUGUAACGCAACCGAUAAUUUCGCAAGUUUUUUCUUUCGUCAGUUCACUUUUCUUUCCGGAGUUUUUCCAGGCUCACCGCCGUGCGUACCUGCCUGGAUACACGGCGAUGUCCCCGUCGGUUUUUCACCCGUUCGUAAUCAUUUGCUGUUGUUUCGCCCCGGCCACGAACGGCGCGAACAUAUUGGUGUUCAUGCCGAUGCCGGACAAAAGCCAUUUUCGCGGAUUCCAGCCGUUGUUCGUAGAGUUGUCGCGGCGCGGACACAACGUGACCGUGGCCAGUUCGUAUCCGCUGGAAAGCCCGGUGGCCAAUUAUACGGACGUCGGGCCGUUCGUUUUAAAAGAAAAAGGUUCGCGGUCGCAUUACCUACGUACACUCGUGCUUAUACCUUAUUAUUCUUCUUUUUCUUCUGGCUUAAUCUACUCUACGAGAGUUUUCGCCGCCAUCACAACAUCGCGCCACUUCUCCCGGAUGACUUCUCAUGGAUUAUAUUUCUCCAAUCAUUUAUACCUAUCCUCGGACUGCUUUGAUAGACUGUUUGAUAGCUUUGAUACUAGUAUUAUAUCAUCUAUAUGUCUAACAAUAUUUCACGAAAACAUUUUUAUUUAUCUCAACUGCUGAGACUCAACAUAUCUUCAGUAAUAAAUAAUAACAUCGUUCAAAAUUAAAAAAAAAAACUAAAUGUCAUCACAAUUACAAUGAACCCAAGGCAGUGAUAAGGAACGUCACAUUAAGUGGUUGCCAGUUGAUUUGAUUUAUUGGUUACACUAUGACAAUGUUUCUUACCAAACGAGUUAGCAUUUAAUUAAAUAAAACCCAGAGUGUGUCAAUUUCGUUAUCAACCCAAAGGCACGGAGUGUGCCAUGACACACCUGGCACACCCUCUGCGCACGUCUAUGAUUAUUAUUAACUGAAAACAGUAAACUUAGUUUUCAAUUGUUUGCUGAUUCCGGCAACCCGGUUGCAGAAAUGUGCAUUUAGCUGUCAAACAAUUACUGUACUACGUCGCCAAAACACGCCUAUUAUUAUGUUACACGGGUUUACGACAGGUAUACGAAACGAUAAAUCACCGGGAAGAAGGGAUAGAGUCGAUUUUCGUACAGUUUUCAAUCGUAUACGAGCAAAUAAUAUGUCAAAAAUAAAUAUAAUAUACUACACUAUAAAAAAAAAAAAAAAUAGUUUAAUUUAAUUUAUAACUAAUUAUAAUAUUUUUUUUUUUAAUACACUACGUACGUUAAUUUUAAAAACACGCGAAUGUAUGCACACUUAUUUUUAUUAUGCAGUUAGUACUGAAUAAUAAAGGAAACGAAAUUAUUAAAAAAUUAAAAAAUUGCCCUUUUUCCCCGGGAACCAAAGAAAUUUCAAGUCGAUAUUAAAAUCUAGCCGCCUAUCUAUAUAGUUACCUAUACGUCGUCAAAUGCAAACAAUUGAAUACACAUGCGUUUAUCCUUUCCCCCACCACUUCCGACUGUAAUUACUUGAGGGCAGAUAUUUUAAGUUGACGAAUUUGACAAAGUCCAUUAUAACCGUAUACGUAUAAUUUUCUUUUUACAAUUUAUUCGGUUGUUUUUGAAUCGGUAGAAUCGUUUUCAAUAGUUUUUUUUUUUUUUUGUGAAGGUACAUGAAAUGUAAACUGCACCUGUGAUAUGGAAUUUGAACUUUGGCUUUUAGACUAAUGUAUAAUAAUACAUUCAUCAAUAUUUUCGUUAACCGUUUAACAAUUAUAAUAUAAUUUUAUAUUCAACACAAUAUAGGUAACAUAAUAAAUAAAAACAUCGCUUAUCAACUUAUUAGAUUUAAACGUAAAAAAAGAAAUCCUUGGGAAAUUCGAAACGAGAUUCACAAGAAUAAUUAUUAUUUAUAUUUUGUGCACGAGCACGGGUGCCAUUCGAUCGCGUGUAUUAAUUGAUAAAUCGUACAAAUCUAUACGGAAGGACGGGCGAAUGUCAUCCUCCAAAACAAAUGAGGAAUAAUUUUCAACACUUUUGCUUGGCGCGUCUGUCGAAGUAUUUUCCACAUUCACAUUCUGCAUCGUCUUUCAUUACCCGUUUAUUUAAAUUUUGUUUAGGUUUUUCUACUUGUAUCUUCAGUCGGUUUAGAGUUUUCCAUAUUUCCUAAGGUAGGUCAUGUCCCGGUUGUAAUGAUUCCGUGGAUACGUCUCCCCCCACGUGUAGGCGUGUAGUAACGGCGCAGUCGAGUUUUUUGACAGACCAUACCCAAACGGGGGGGGGGGGCAGAUACAAGAACCGCAACGAUUUUAGCGAUACAUUCCAAAACUGUACAAAAUACGCUGAGUGAAUGAGUGGUGUGAGAACCAUGCAAUUUAUCUCUUUUGAAUUCGAUCUCAGUGUUUCAGAUAAACAGGGAGAAUUACCUACUCUAUAUAUACUUGUAAUUUAAUAAAUUCACGGAAUUCGUUUUCAUUGUACACCUGUCUUUAUAAAAAAAUUGAAAAUUAUAGAAAGAACUUGUAAAAUUACAUUUUAUCUACCUAUAAUACCUACGACUAAAAACGAAAUCAAAACUACUGUUGUCAUUUUUUUUGAUAGUUAAAAUCUUGUUACGAAAACGUACAACAGUUACCUACGAGUAAAACGUAGAAUCGCGUUUUGAUGUAAAACUAAACGCUUUUGGGACAAAAAGUUUUCGAAACUUUAUAAUAAACAAUGGCGUUAAAGUGUAGAGGCCUCGUAUGGUUCUUUACCUAACACCAAGGGAAAAAUAUUUUUAUUAAAUUUAUAACGUUUUCCAUAACCAUAAAUAUAACGAUGAGGUCAACGCAUUUUCUUGUCGCAGUAUCGAACUUAAUGGAACUGGCCCAGUCGAACUUCAUGUCGUCCGUCACGUUGAAAUGGCAGCUGGCCGUCCGUAUGUCCGAACAAGUGAUGCCGCACCGGAAAAUGACCGAGUUCGUCCACUCGGACUCGGGCCUGUUCGACCUGGUCAUGGUCGAGACGUUCUGCCAGGAGUACACGGUGGCCAUGGGUCACAAGUACGGCGCGCCCGUCAUCAACUUGGCCCCGGCGAUGCUCUGGCCCAGCGUCAGCAAAUGGUUGCACGUGCCGUCCACGUUUUCGUACAUACCGUACUACGCUCUGGACACCACCGACGAAAUGGGCUUCGUGGACCGUCUGAAGAAUACCGUGACGGGUGCGAUACAGUUGUACGCGGAGAGCUACUGGUAUAUGCCGAAAAUGAACGUCAUAAUGGACCGGUACUUGACGUAUGCGGGCUGGGAGUCCAGACCGUCGCUCGAGCGGAUGCUCGGCGACGUGUCGCUGACACUGGUCAACUCGCAUCACGCCAUCGGCAUCGCCAGACCGUAUCUUCCGGGGGUCGUCGACGUGGGUGGUAUGCACAUCAAACGGCCGAAACCGCUGCCCGAGGUACGUCAAAACGGGUAGACCCGUUGCUUAGAUACAACUACGUUUAAUUUACGCCGUUUUGGUUUUACACGAUCGGCGUUAUACUACAGUUGUAUAAAUACUUAAGUCCGAAUUUAUAUUUUCUGGUAAUAUAUGCCACGUCUUGUCCGUUAUAGUUUUCGAGAUGACCACUACUGUUCGAAUAUUUUCCAUUUACGAUAGCGUUAUUUAUUUCAUUAUGGCUCAAUAGAAAUAGUUCAAAAAUUGAAUACAAAAUCAAAUCGCCAACAUAUUUUUACGCGAAUAAACAAAAUCUGUAAAACAGACCAGAUUUUAGUUUGUUACAUAUAUUACCCUUCAUCUAUCGCCACGUUAUUUCAGAACUCGAAACACAUUUAUAUAAAUUCAAUCGUCAUAAUAUGGCUUCACGAUUCUGUAGUCGUCGAUUUCAAGGAAUCAAUCCUCUUGGACUUUUUUUUUAAAAUUUUUAAUUUAAUAAUUAUGUAGUCAUUCAAUCUUGAAGGCCAUAACUGGGGGCAGGGGGUGUGCAAUAAUGUAUGUUUUAACGUAAACAUUAUGAUGAGUGUAAAGUAAAUUAAACAAAUUUUGAACUUGAACUCCUCCAGAAAUUUGCUUUCAGUUACGAUCUCGUAAAAGCGCCUAUAUAAUACCAGUUCGGUUUCCUUAAAUCAGUUUCAGGUCCGCCACUGAAACUAUGUUCUCUAUCAUUCUGCAGUCACUUAUUUGCUUCCGACCUCCCAAGAUCUUAUCAUAUUGCAAAAAAAAAAAUAAAAUAAUAAUCGGGUAAAAUAACGUUAAUUUUAUUUAUGUUCUUAUAAAUAGAAUCUUCAAACGUUUAUAGCUUCGGCAGAACAAGGAGUGAUAUAUUUCAGUUUCGGGACCGUAGUAGAUUUAAAUCAAUUGCCCACAGAGAAAAUGAAUAUUUUUCUGAAAGUCAUCGGGAGAUUGAAACAAAAAACAAUUCUGAAAUGGACACCGACGAAUGAUAGUGCUGGAUUAAUAAAUUUGCCUCGAAAUAUUUUGAUAGGCUCAUGGUUUCCACAGAAUGACAUUUUAGGUAAGUAUGUCGGUGUUAUAACGAAAUAUACUUAACGACGUUUUGCAAAUUUAUCUAAUUUAUAUACUUACUAACAAUGCGUUCCUAUAUAGCUCAUCCAAACGUCCGACUUUUUAUCACGCACGGAGGCCUGCAUAGCUUAGAAGAAGCUAUUUAUAACGCCAAACCACUAGUCGGGAUAUCGUUUUUCGCGGACCAGCAUUUCAACAUGAACAUGGUGGAAAAAAAAGGCUACGGUAAAAAAAUCAGUUAUUUCGAAAUGACUGAACAAUCGUUGGAGAACGCCAUCGGAGAAGUGCUGUCGAAUCCUGCGUAAAUAUAUCUAAACCUAUUAUUAAUAUUAAUUAAUAGUAUUAAUAUUAUAUUAUUACCAGACAGCAUCGUUGCGAAUCGUUUCAAAUAAAAUAUCAUUCGGUGUUAAAUUAUAAUAUCAUAAUUUAGGUUCGGAGAGAAGGCGGCGAUCCAUAGCCAAGUGUAUAGAGACCAACCGACGAAACCUUUGGACCGGGCCGUCUACUGGGUCGAAUACGUUAUUCGGAACGGCGGGGCCGGACAUUUAAAAAGUGAUUCCGUCGGGUUAAACGAUCAACAGUAUUUCUUGGUGGAUGUGUCGUUGAUUUUGCUCGUACCGAUCGGACUGAUCACCUGGUUUUGUUACGCGGUUGUCGCGAAAAUCGCGAUUAAAAAAUCUUAUAAUUUUACCAAAUAAUGACUUAUUUAUGACUAACGUUUUAAACGACGUAAUAUUAAAUCGCGUACUAGAGUAAUUAGAUAAAUAAAUAUUCUUAAUAUACGAUUAGAAUUUGCGGAAUAUAUGUGAAAUAUAUAUGAAAACGUCUGACACGAGCGUGCUCAGUUGAGGCCCAUCCCAUUAUUCUUUGUUUUAGAAAAUCUUUCUUUUAUUGUAUUAUAGGAGCAAAAAUAUAUGUAGUUUAACAUUAUUUAAAAAUGUACAAUAAAAUACAAAUAGCUACCUCCUUUAAGCACAUGCUUGUGUUAGUGGUAGAGAGUUAAAAAUAACAUAAUAUGAACACUAAAAAUAUACAAUAUACGUAUACUUUAAAAAAAACUAACAUAGAAUAUAUUUUAAUUUUUUGUGGGUUUUAAGAAGGGUUUAAAUGGGUUUUAUUUUUAAAAAAACCCAAUUAAACCCACCCUAAAAUAGUUCUACAAAAAACCCUAAGCGAUUUUGGGUUUUUUGGGUUUAAUGGUAAACUAUCCAAAUUAAUCCAACUCAGUUGGGUUUUUUUUUAAAGAAACCUAGUUUUUUCAACCUUGAUUCAUACCCACCACUCCCUCCCCCUCUCGUAACUAACAGACCAUAAUAUCACAACAUUAUUUACAUAUUAUUUCCAUUUCAUAUUUUUUUCAAAUGUUAAACCCAAAUAUCUUAUACUAUUAAUCGUGUAUAUUUGUUGACUUAAUGGAUCUCUAUAAGAAUCUACAUUAUCACAAGUAUGAAUUUUAAAUUGUCAAAAUUGUUAUCAUUCUUUUAUUAAAGGAGAAAUUCUUAAAAUUUGUUUUCUUCUAUAAUUUAUUGAAAAGUUUCUAUGAUUUAGAUAAUUAAUCACUAUUCACUUCUAUUAUUUGAAAUAAAUACAAAUUUAAAAAAGUGCUAAUGCUGCUGUCGGGUGUCACUGUUGUAACAGCGGUCUGAAAUCUAAAUUUAGCAUGCAUGAAAUCUAAUUUAGAAAUUAUGAUACAAUUUUAAUCAAACGAUUAAUUUGAAAUAAAUGUUAUUUUUAUAUGAUUAUAAAAUAUGAAGUUUGAUAAAAUACUAUCAUAGUUACAGUGAAAUUGGCGUAUGACUAAAAAUAUACAGAAUUUUGUCGAUAUUAUAUCGUACUAUAUCAGUAUUAAUUUAGUUUGUGUUAAACUGCUAUUGCAAGUGGAUCAAUUAUUUUAAAAACAUUUUAAAAUAGUUAUAUUAUAAAAUAUACUUUUUAUAUGAUGGUAAGUAAUUAUACAAUAAUGUGUAUAUCAAUAUUCUAAAAUCUGACGUAAUAUAAUUUUAAGACUAAGUUUUUAUUAAUUUUUUUGUAAUAAUAUAAUAAUAAUAAUGCAUUGCAACAAUAACAUAUUUACGAUUUACAUCUUAAUAAAUUAUG